GUAUUUAUAAAAGAGCUUGGCUAUGGUUUGUUUAAUCGAAUGUUGAAAUGUCGAGAUUAAGGAUUAGCCUGUGUUAUUGUGCGGAAUUCAGUCGAUCCAUGUGAGAAUCGCGUACAAACGCCACAUAACACCAAUGACAAUGUCCACGAUGAGUGUUUCACUCACGGAAUUAUCAAACAUAUUCACAGUGAUUGCAGUGAUCCUAUGUUUUUGUGCAAUGCUCCUAUACAUCACAAGGUAUGCAUGGCAUUUCUAUAGAAAUAUGAUGGUAUUGCGAGUGAAUGGCGACGAUAUGGUCUUCCAUCACGGUUCCCUCCAUCAAGUCACAGCCCGAAUUCCGCAAAUGAACAUGAUGAAGGUUCACAUUCCGUUCACAUUUAAAUUACUCGAAACAUCCAAAUCCACGUACUCUGAACUUCAGUAUAGCGUGUCCAGCCAAGUGCGAUACCGCAUGCACGUUUAUUGGGGCGUGAAUAUUAAAGAACUGCACGUGUGCCUCUGGCGUCCCUGGGCUGCGCUGAAGGAACUUUGUCAGAAUGGUACCCUCCUAAACGAUCAUUAUCAACAGCCAGGACCACAAUUACACAAAGGCCCGCAUUCUGAUGAGAUAAUCAAAUUGAGCCUGCCGGCACCGUUGGAUCUGGGCACACCUCCGAGACUCUGCUAUCCCGUGGUCAUCUUCUUGCUGAGAGUCGACAACGAGGGCGACGUUCAUCCGGAUGAAACCGUCGCCCUAAUCAAUGUAGUUCACAUAAAGGAUUCCGUAUGCACGCUACCCACCAGUAUUUUAGCUCAAUACUUGAAACAGGCUAACGGACAGUUGUCCUGUUUAAAACAACUUUACCUCGCCACCGGGAAUCCCGGCAACUACGACGAGGAUAAUCACAUACCUCUGGCAUUGGCCGAACCCGUGAACGGCGAUGCGACGAUGGGUCAGACCAUAGUUUGUCCGACGUCCGAUGAUUCCGCGAUUUGGAAUUCGUCCGGUGAACAGCUCUGCGUUGUAUGCCAGUAUUUCCCUUUGUCUCGCGCAUUACUUCCAUGCAGACAUACUUGCAUAUGCGCCAGUUGCUUCGACAAACUGGACAGAUGUCCGAUGUGCAGAGGUUCGAUUAAAAGCUACUUCUGUAUUCGCGGCGAAGAGUAUAUGCCACCAAUACAGUCGAUGCCCAAGAAUCCGCAAGAACAACACGGUCACCUUUACAAUUGGCUGGACAGCCUGAACGAUGCCCUCAUUGAUUUCUUGGGUUUUCAGCGGUAACACCCUCGACUUUGAACUCGCCUACAGAUUGUUAUGAUUAAUAUUAUUAUCCUUACUAUACUACUAACUGUUACCAGCGUCGAAGAGAAGAAGGUCGCCAACAUAUUCAUUAAUAAUAUAUAUGUAUAUUGUAAACUUAGAUUGAUCGAUGAGUGAACUGAACGGCAUUAUGGAAUGGAUCAGGUUAGGUUGUGAUCGAUUUGAAACUAUACUCAUUUUUUUUUGUAAUUUACAAUUAUUGCUAUUAAUAGUCAAUAUUUGCUAUUUUCUUGUCCCUCCCUAUAUUAUAUUUUAUUAGGUA